AUGGCAUCUCAAGAUCCAAAUAUUAGGUUUAUUAAUGCUGUUAUUAACUGGUUGUCUAUUUUUCCAGAUUCUCGUGUUCAAAUAGAUGCUGAUUAUUUAAAUUUGACUGAUCCUAGUAUUAUUAUUGAAGUUUUAAAGACUCUUAUUGGUUCUGAUUUUGAGGUUGAUUCAUCCGCUGAGGUUAAGGAUGAAGAAAAUGAUGGCUCUUUGGUUAUAAAUUCAGAUAUAGAAGUAUAUGAAACAAUAUUUGUUGGUUUGAAGUCAUAUUUCAAAUCAAAAUUAUUUUCAAGAAAGAAAUUGUAUAACUAUGUUGGGAUGCUUAAAUAUGAAGAACUAAAAAAUGGUGAUUUAUAUGCAUUGAAUAUAUUAUGUUUUAUCCUUUUAGAAGUUGGUCUUCACAGUUUCAAAUCUAGUAUAUCCAUAUCCAUCAUUUCAGAAUUGAAUGAAGACGAUCAAAAAGAGUUAAAGAAUGUUAUGUAUGAUGAGAAUGACUUAUUUGGUAAGAAUUUAAUGUUGACUCAAAGGUUAAGUGCGUUAGAGUUGGAGAAUUUAAAGUUGAAAGAAUCAUUUAAAAAGAUUGAACAAGAACAAAAGACUGCACAUAAACAUUUCGAAAUCAAUGAAAAUGAAAAACAUGGUAUUCAAUUAGAGUAUGAAAAGGCGCUUCAUGAUAAAGACUUAGAACUUGAAAAGUUAAAAUAUCAGCUUUCUGUAUUCAAAAAUUCAAAUAAUGAUUUAAAACAAGAUAAUUUACAACUUAAAAAUGAUUUGGAAGAUAUAGGUAAAUUCAAAUCACAACUGAAUAGAAAGAAACAUAACUAUACCACUGAAUCUACAAUUACCCAUAACUCAAAUGGAGAAAAAUCAAUUGCAAGUGAUGAACUCAAAUGGGAAUACAAUAUAUUAUCAAGUUGGUUAAAUAGACUUUAUGCAAGUAAAAAAGCUCGUUAG